ACCCAUCCCUCUGGGCUAGAGUAUCAAAGAGAGAUAAGGGAUACACCUGACCUGCAGUGAGCAAAGCAGAGCCCAGUAUGAGGUGGUGAGGCCCCUGCAGUGUGGAGCUGAAAGCUGCCAUUGUUUUGCUUCUCUUUAUAAAGGGAGCUGUCCCAUUCCUCCCAGCACAGUGUUGGGAGCAACUCCAGAGUCUCCUGCAAGAUGCUGUUGAUUCUGCUGUCAGUGGCCCUGCUGGCCCUGAGCUCAGCUCAGAACUUACAUGAAGAUGUCGGCCAGGAAGAAUCUCCCUCCCUAAUAUCAGAACAUCAACAAGGACAACCCCAACAAGGAGGCAAGAAGCCCCAAGGUCCCCAGUCUCCUCCAGGAAAUGCACAAGGACCACCCCAACAAGGAGGCAAGAAACCUCAAGGUCCCCCACCUCCAGGAAAGCCACAAGAACCACCCAAACAAGAAGGCAAGAAACCUCAAGGUCCCCCACCUCCAGGAAAGCCACAAGGACCACCCCAACAAGGAGGCAACAAACCUCAAGGUCCCCCACCUCCAGGAAAGCCACAAGGACCACCCCAACAAGGAGGCAACAAACCUCAAGGUCCCCCACCUCCAGGAAGGCCACAAGGACCACCCCAACAAGGAGGCAAUGCCCAGCAGGCUCAGCCACCUCCUGCUGGAAGGCCCCAGGGACCACCAUCCGCUCCUCAAGGGGGCAGACCCGCUGGACCUCCCCAGGGACAGUCUCCCCAGUAAUCUA